UAACUCCGAAGUCAGUCCUCACUCGUUGCAAUAUAGUCCAUAGUAUAAAGAUCGACGUUUUUGUGCAUAGAGAGAGAUAACAAUUGUUUGUAAUAAAAGUGUGAAGGAGGGCAAAGAAAGGUUGUGACGAAGAAGAAGAUGCAUUCGUUCGGGUACAGAGCCAACGCUCUGCUAACGUUCGCCGUAACGAUACUUGCCCUAAUAUGCGCCAUGGCUUCUAUCUCCGACAAUCUCAACACCCCCUCUCCCACCGCCCAAGUCCAGGUAUUGAACAUCAAUUGGUUCCAUAUGUCAACACAAGGAAAUGACGAGGUCAGCAUGACACUGAAUAUAUCAGCAAACCUACAGUCAUUGUUUACAUGGAAUACGAAGCAGGUUUUUGUAUUUUUAGCAGCUGAAUAUGAAACCCCUAAGAAUGCUCUGAAUCAGGUAUCCCUAUGGGAUGGAAUCAUACCCUCCAAGGAGCACGCAAAAUUCUGGAUUCAUACCCCAAACAAGUAUCGUUUCACUGAUCAGGGAAGCAAUCUCCGGGGAAAAGAUUUUAACUUGACAUUGCACUGGCAUGUCAUGCCCAAAACCGGCAAGAUGUUUAGUGACAAAAUAGUUAUGACUGGUUACGAGCUGCCAACAAAAUAUAGUUGACGACUUUUCCCGUUUGUGUGAUUUCAUAUUGUAAUUUAGCCUUCUCUUGUUUGGGAUAAAUAGUUAAAUUAUAUCGGGGAAAAAGAAAUAGGGAAACUUUUGUUUUUGAGAAUGUUAGAGAAGGAAUAUUUAUUGCCUUUUUGAAUCAAUAGAACUGCUAAUUUUCUGAAUCUUAA